AUGGGAACAUUGCCGGAGAAGUGUGAUGACCCGGGCCCUUGUAUGGUCACUUGCACCAUCAAUGGAGUUCAAUUUAGAGAUUGUAUGUGUGACCUCGGAGCAUGUGUUAGCAUCAUGCCGCUCUCCGUCUACCGGGUAUUGAAGUUGCCACCGCUAAAAAGGUCGACGGCAAGAUUUGUCCUAGCGGAUAAAAGCAUAAUAACCGUAGCAGGUGUUGCGGAAGAUGUAUUGGUGAAUAUAAAGGGGUUGGUGUUUCCAAUUGACUUCUAUGUCCUUGAAAUGCCGUCAAGCGAAACCGAGAGAGCAUCAUCUAUCCUACUUGGAAGGCCAUUCUUGAGAACUUCUAGAUUUAAGCUUGAUGCUUACUCGGGGAACUACUCAUUUGAAAUAGAUGGGAGAAUUGUGAGCUUUAGCCUAGAGGAAGCAAUGAAGCAUCCACCGGAGAACCACUCUCUAUUUCGGUGUGACCCAAUCGAUAACAUAGUAGCCGAAGUGCAUCUUGCAAGAUUAGAUGAGAAGUGCAUGGUCAAAGAAGCGAAUGAAGAGUCAAGCGAACUAAAUACCACACAUCAUACAAACCAUCCGGAAACUCAAACUUCAAGGAAUGACAAGAAGAUGGAAUUGAAGCCACUACCACCUCACUUAAGGAUGGUCAUCAAAAAGGACAACGGGAAAGGCCCCAAGAAGCCAGCUUCCAAUAAAGUGUGCCAAGAACUAACGGCCAGGCCCCUCCUGAAGAAGACCAAGGGCCCGUUGACGUUCGAGAGAAGGACAACCCUCCUAAGGAUUCAAACAAGUUUCCCAACCGGUACUGCGAACUUGUUUACUCCAGAAUGA